GGGAGCGACACCGGCCCGGUCCGGCUCGGCUCGGAUCCCCUCCGGUGUUCGCCCCUCACUUUUUUUUUCGUCUUUCUGCCUUUUUUUUUUUUUUUUUUUUUUUUUUUUUUUUGGGGGGGUACCACCAUACGGAUGGAGGCGCGGCGCGGCGCGGCCCUGCUGGGCUCGCCCCCGGCCGCUGGGGGCCAGGCCGCGGCCAAGUCGCUGGCGUUCUCUAUCGACCGGAUCAUGGCCCAGACGCCCGAGCCCAAGUCCACGCCGCUGCCGGGCUGGUUCCGCUCGGCUCCGGUGGGCCUCGCCGACGUGUGCCCGUCCUCGCUGCACUGCAUGAUCCCGCUGGUGCCGCUCGGUUACGACCCGGCCCACCACCGGCUGGGGCUCGCCGGCCUGGACGCCACACACCUGCAGGACGCUCCGGCGGACUUGUUGGGGUUCGGGCUCAACUACUCCAACCAGAACCACAACCAGCAGCAGGACGAGCCCGCCCGGAACCUGCACACGGACGGUCAGUACAAACUCUUCCGGCCGCGCGUCGUGACCCAGCCGUCCUUCCCGGCCCGAAGCACCGUGUGCUACCUGAACUGCGGCGGCGACGCCGGCUCUUGCUCGCCUGCCGCGGCCGCGGGGCUCCUCAACCUCAACCUGCACCCCAUGGCCUCCUACCUGCUGGGCGCCCGGCACCGGACUUUGCUGGACGAGCGCGCCAAGCCGGGUCUGCAGAACCCGGCGGAACGUUACCACCAGCAGCUGGGUCAGAACCACAUCCAGAACCUGAUCAAGGACCGCGACUUCGCCGACAAGAUUCUCAAGAACUCCUCGGCGGCUUCGGCGGCGCGACUCGCGGCUUCUUGUUCCGGAAACAAACCCAAAGUCUUCACCUGUGAGGUGUGCGGGAAGGUUUUCAACGCGCACUACAACCUCACGCGCCACAUGCCCGUGCACACGGGCGCGCGCCCGUUCGUGUGCAAAGUUUGCGGCAAAGGUUUCCGCCAAGCCAGCACUUUGUGCAGACACAAAAUCAUCCACACUCAGGAGAAACCACACAAGUGCACGCAGUGCGGCAAAGCCUUCAAUCGCAGCUCCACGCUCAACACGCACACGCGCAUCCACGCGGGCUACAAACCCUUCGUCUGCGAGUUCUGCGGCAAAGGAUUCCACCAGAAAGGGAACUACAAGAACCACAAGCUGACGCACAGCGGCGAGAAGCAGUUCAAGUGCUCCGUGUGCAGCAAGGCCUUCCACCAGGUGUACAACCUCACCUUCCACAUGCACACGCACAACGACAAGAAGCCCUUCACCUGUCCCACCUGUGGCAAGGGCUUCUGCAGGAACUUUGACCUCAAGAAGCACGUCAGGAAGCUGCACGACUCCGCCGGCGGGCAGCCGUCGCCAUCGCCGCCGCGGGCCUGAGCCACGCCCCCUUUUCCACCAAGUAGUAUUUAUUGUUGCCCAUCCUCCUCAGAAACCACACGCAUC